CUCAACGACAUAGCUCACAGCUCAAAGUAAUCAUGGUCCUUCUAACCCUCACAUCGCAGCUCACGGCUGCGAUAGAGGUCUACAACAAGGAGAACCCAUCCUCCGCGAUCUCACUUCCUACGACACAUCUCGAUCACCGCCAAAUCCGCAUCAUCUCCCAAACCCUCCUUAACACCUCCGAAGAUAAAUCCCAAUACCGCCUGAGCACUCUCCUACAAGGAUGCAACCUUUAUCACCCCCCACCUCCGCCAAAGCCCGAGCCAACUCAGGAAUAUAAAUACCUGAUGGCACGCCUCCGCCAGCAAGAAGAAGAGCGGAUUUACAACGCCCUAACAAACAAACCUCAAGACAUCUACGAAGAAGAGGACGAAUAUACUUUCCAAGACCUUAAAUCGCAGCUAUCAAUAAUCGCUAAUGUAUUACUGUCGACGAUAGCUACUUCUGUGGCUGUAUGGAUGGUUGCCAGUGGCUGGGAUGUCCCGCAGAGAUUCGCCUUGGCGUUUGCGUCUAGCAUUGUUGUCUGCGUAGCGGAGGUGGUGGUUUUCAAUGGGUACUUGAGAAAGGUGGACAAAAGCAGGAGGUUGGAAAAGAUUAAGGCCCAAAAUGAGGUUAAGGAGGUUGUCAAUGUCUGGGAGAUUGGUGGGGUUGCUAGAGCGCUGGAUGGGGUUAAAAAAAGGAGAUGAACUCAUUCAUAGGGCUCCUCUGGCGCGUUUUGUAUAGAUGCUGUACGAUAUUCGGACCCGGAUUGUACUGUAGAUAGAGGCCCGAGUUCUAUUUUGUUUGGGUAAUGUUUAUUCAUCACUCUA